AUGCGCUUCACCCACUCUCAAAUCCGCUCCACCCACUCUCUCAUCCGCUCUACCACUCACUCUCUCAUCCGCUCCACCCACUCUCUCAUCCGCUCUACCACUCACUCUCUCAUCCGCUCCACCCACUCUCUCAUCCGCUCCACCACUCACUCUCUCAUCCGCUCCAGACACUCUCUCAUCCGCUCCACCACUCACUCUCUCAUCCGCUCCAGACACUCUCUCAUCCGCUCCACCACUCACUCUCUCAUCCGCUCCAGACGCUCUCUCAUCCGCUCCACCACUCACUCUCUCAUCCGCUCCAGACACUCUCUCAUCCGCUCCACCACUCACUCUCUCAUUCGCUCCAGACACUCUCACAUCCGCUCCACCACUCACUCUCACAUCCGCUCCACCACUCACUCUCACAUCCGCUCCACCCACUCUCUCAUCCGCUCCACCACUCACUCUCACAUCCGCUCCACCCACUCUCUCAUCCGCUGCGUCUACCAACCCUCCAACCACCCUCUCACCCGCUGUGCCACCCACCCUCUCACCCGCUGCGUCCACCCACCCUCCACCCACCCUCUCACUCGAUGCGUCCACCCACCCUCAAACCACCCUCUCACCCGCUGCGUCCACCAACCCUCCAACCACCCUCUCACCCGCUGCGUCCACAAACCCUCCAACCACCCUCUCACCCGCUGCGUCCACCCACCCUCCAACCACCCUCUCACCCGCUGCGUCCACCCACCCUCCAACCACCCUCUCACCCGCUGCGUCCACAAACCCUCCAACCACCCUCUCACCCGCUGCGUCCACCCCCCUCCAACCACCCUCUCACCCGCUGCGUCCACCCACCCUCCAACCACCCUCUCACCCGCUGCGUCCACAAACCCUCCAACCACCCUCUCACCCUCUGCGUCCACCCCCCUCCAACCACCCUCUCACCCGCUGCGUCCACCCACCCUCCAACCACCCUCUCACCCGCUGCGUCCACAAACCCUCCAACCACCCUCUCACCCGCUGCGUCCACAAACCCUCCAACCACCCUCUCACCCGCUGCGUCCACCCACCCUCCAACCACCCUCUCACCCGCUGCGUCCACCCACCCUCCAACCACCCUCUGACCCGCUGCGUCUACCCCCCCUCCAACCACCCUCUCACCCGCUGCGUCCACCCACCCUCCAACCACCCUCUCACCCGCUGCGUCCACCCACCCUCCAACCACCCUCUCACCCGCUGCGUCCACCCACCCUCCAACCACCCUCUCACCCGCUGCGUCCAACCACCCUCCAACCACCCUCUCACCCGCUGCGUCCACCCCCCUCCAACCACCCUCUCACCCGCUGCGUCCACCCACCCUCCAACCACCUUCUCACCCGCUGCGUCCACCUCCCCUCCAACCACCCUCUCACCCGCUGCGUCCAACCACCCUCCAACCACCCUCUCACCCGCUGCGUCCACCCCCCUCCAACCACCCUCUCACCCGCUGCGUCCACCCCCCUCCAACCACCCUCUCACCCGCUGCGUCCAAGAUGGUGA